GAGGUCAAGCCCAUGAUGGUGGUGGCCACCUACAGCUGCGACCAGUGCGGGGCCGAGACCUACCAGCCCAUCCAGUCGCCCACCUUCAUGCCGCUGCUGAUGUGCCCAAGCCGCGAGUGCCAGACGAACCGCUCGGGAGGGCGGCUCUACCUGCAGAGCCGCGGCUCCAAGUUCAUCAAGUUCCAGGAGCUGAAGAUGCAGGAGCAUACCGACCAGGUGCCAGUGGGACACCUUCCCCGCUCCAUCAGCGUGGCUGUGCACGGGGAGAACACGCGCCUGGCCCAGCCCGGGGACCACGUCAGCGUCACCGGCGUCUUCCUGCCCCUGCUGAAGACCGGCUUCCGCCAGAUGGCCCAGGGCUUGCUCUCUGAGACCUACCUGGAGGCCCACUGCAUCGUGAAGAUGAACAAGAGCGAGGAGGACGAGUCGGGGGCUGGGGACCUGAGCGAGGAGGAGCUCCGGCAGAUCACAGAGGAGGACUUCUAUGACAAGCUGGCCUCCUCCAUCGCCCCCGAGAUCUACGGCCACGAGGAUGUGAAGAAGGCGCUGCUCCUGCUGCUGGUGGGCGGCGUGGAUCGCAACCCCCACGGCAUGAAGAUCCGAGGAAACAUCAACAUCUGCCUCAUGGGUGACCCCGGUGUGGCCAAGUCGCAGCUCCUGUCCUACAUCGACCGCCUGGCACCCCGCAGCCAGUACACGACAGGCCGGGGCUCCUCGGGCGUGGGGCUGACGGCGGCCGUGCUGCGGGACCCGCUGACGGGGGAGCUGGCGCUGGAGGGGGGUGCGCUGGUGCUGGCCGACCGGGGCGUCUGCUGCAUCGACGAGUUUGACAAGAUGCUGGAGGCCGACCGCACGGCCAUCCAUGAGGUGAUGGAGCAGCAGAGCAUCUCCAUCGCCAAGGCGGGCGUGCUGGCCACCCUCAACGCCCGCUGCGCCAUCUUGGCCGCCGCCACCCCUGCCUACGGCCGCUACAACCCCAAGCGCAGCCUGGAGCACAACAUCCAGCUGCCUGCCGCCCUCCUCUCCCGCUUUGACCUGCUCUGGCUCAUCCAGGACCGCCCUGACCGCGACAACGACCUGCGCCUGGCCCAGCACAUCACCUAUGUGCACCAGCACAGCCGCCAGCCCCCCUGCUCCUUCCAGCAGCUCGACAUGAAGCUGAUGAGGCGCUACAUUGCCAUGUGCAAGCGGAAGCAGCCGGUGGUGCCGGAGGCUUUGGCCGACUACAUCACGGCCGCCUACGUGGAGAUGCGGAAGGAGGCAUGGGCCAGCAAGGACACGACCUACACCUCGGCGCGCACCUUGCUGGGCAUCCUCCGCCUGGCCACUGCCCUGGCCCGGCUGCGGCUGGUGGACGUGGUGGAGAAAGAGGAUGUGAACGAGGCCAUGAGGCUCAUGGAGAUGUCGAAGGACUCGCUGCUGGGGGACAAGGGACAGCAGAGCCGGGUGCAGCGUCCUGCCGACGCCAUCUUUGCGGCAGUGCGGGAGCUGGCGGGGGGCCGGGCUGUGCCCUACGCCGAGGCCCUGCAGCGCUGCUUGGCCAAGGGCUUCACCCCUGCCCAGGUCCAGGCUGCGCUCCAGGAGUACGAGGAGCUCAAUGUGCUGCAGGUCAAUGCCGCCCGCACCCGCAUCACCUUCGUCUGA